GGGGUGGUUCACCUACAGGAGGGGUGGGAGAGAGCAGUGAGGGUAGGAGGGUGACUGGUGCUGAAGGUGGGAAGGAGGAAGGGUGAAAGAGUAGGAGUGGGUAAAGCAGGGGUUGACUAGUGUAGGAGACCCAGAGGGAUGCAUGAUACAAGUUGCUCUUAGUCCAGUGCAGCAUCAAGUUGAACACGUGAUCCAGUAUGAAGCUCCUCCACUUCCCAGCUUUUGCUACGACCCUGACACCACUGCACCAGUCAGCUUUUACAUUCCGUCCUUCGAGCAGCUGAAAUUGUGGCAACCCUCUACUCAAGACGAUCAAUUCAACAGAGCGGUUAUCCCCUUGGCUCCACGACAGCCUCCCCUGCAGUGUAAUCGGCCAAGGACGCUGGUCUGUCAUGAUAUGGCUGGUGGAUACCUGAGUGACAGGUAUAUACAAGGCACAUGUGAUGAGAAUCCUUUCAUCUUUUACCAUUGGAUGUAUAUAGACAUCUUUGUAUACUUCAGUCACCACAUGGUGACCAUCCCACCAGUCUGCUGGACCAAUGCUGCACAUAAACAUGGUGUUGCUAUUCUAGGAACUUUCAUCACAGAGUGGAUAGAUGGGGCUGCAGUCUGUGAGGCAUUCUUGGAAAAUGAGGAGUCUUUCUGUGCAUUGGCGGAGAAGCUUGUGAAGAUUGCACUGCACUUUCAGUUUGACGGAUGGCUGAUUAACAUUGAAAAUAAAUUGAGUUCCAUUGCAGUAAAGAAUAUGCCCAAGUUUCUUCGCCAUCUACGCACCAGGAUGCAGCAAGCUGUUCCUUGGGGCCUGGUUAUCUGGUAUGAUAGUGUGUUGGAGACUGGUGUUCUUCAUUGGCAGAAUGAGCUGAAUGAGCAUAACAGAGUUUUCUUUGAUUCCUGUGAUGGUAUUUUCCUGAACUAUAAUUGGACGGAGCAGCAUCUCGAGCGAGUGACGGCACUGGUGGAGGGUCGUCAUGCUGACGUCUAUGUUGGAGUUGACGUGUUUGGCCGAGGAGAGGUUAUAGGAGGAGGGUUUAAAACCAAUCGGUCCUUUGAGCUGAUUCGGAAGUACAAUUUCUCAGGGGCUAUAUUUGCUCCUGGAUGGGUUUAUGAGACUCUGGAUAAGGAACGCUUCCAUCAAAACCAACUGAAGUUCUGGAGUUUGUUGAUUGAGUACUUGCACAGUCACAGGAUCUGCACGCUACCCCUUGUCACAUCAUUUUGUCAAGGCUUUGGGAAGAAUAUUUACAGGAAUGGAGAGGUGGAGACUACUGGAAAUUGGCUUAAUCUAAGCACUCAGGAAAUUCAACCUUUAUUUGUUGAUCAGCUGCCAGAUCAAGUUGACAGUCUAGUGAAGACCUAUGGGUGUUCAGAAGAUGCCUGGAAUGGAGGAUGCAGUUUGGUAAUUAAGGGGUUAAUCCCGAGUACCAGGCUGGAAGUAUCUGUAAGGUUAUUUGGUUUGCAGGUCCAGAGUCCUCCCAAACUUUUUGUUGCCUUUAUUUACAAGCUACAAGAUGGCAGUGGAGUCAGCGUGAGGCCAGAGCUAACGACGUGCCCACUGUCACAGUGUUCUUCUGACAAGGUUUCCUCAGUCAAUGUAUUGAAACCAUUACCACUGCCCGAGGAUAAUGCCUUUGUUCAGAAGUUUAUUCAGAAUUAUGCUCCUUGGAGCACUGAGGGAUGGACUUAUUGCUGCUUUCUCUUGGAGCUGACAGAAUGCAUUCUUCAGGAUUUCUCUGUCAGCAUUGCCCGUGAAGUGAAGGAUGACAAGGACAUGCAAUUUAAAUGCAGAAUUGGAGAAAUCAAGAUUCUGGAUGCUGCCGAAUUAAGUGUGGAACACGUUCCUGUUGAGAAGCUCAGCAUUGUCGAUAUUUUAUGGAGAAAGGUACCUGAAACUGAAGACCAACUGUCUCUGAGUGUCACACUGCAGUGGACUUACCCUCCAAACACAGCAAGUUACUUCAAGAUAUAUUGUCAAGGAAUAAGCCAAUAUCAAGACAAAAAGGUUGCUAAGUCUAAAAUGAUUUAUGUUGGCCGGACAUGUGCAAACUCUUACCGUGUGGUGGGCCUGCAAGUUCAUAAUGCUCCAAUGGGUAAGGCCUGUCAGGUAGAGUUUCUAAUCCAGCCAGUGAGUCGGGCAGGCUUUUUGGUGAAUCAAUCAGCUUGGGGAAAGUUAACACUGAACUACAACCAUCCACACUGAAAAAGCGGUGUGUAGCAUCUGUCUUUUGGUGGUUGAAACACCAAAGCUUGUGUUGCUUUGUAUUUGCAUCUGGGGCUUUUCAGCAGCCUGUCAGCCUUUAUUGACGAUUGUGACUAAUAAAACAACUGUGUCACUUCCAUGCAAUUGUUACACACAAACAGAAAGUUUGAAGUUUAUCAUGUGCAUUGGGACAGAUGUUUCUUGCUCCUGGCUCUUUUGUGUUUCUGAAUACUCUUUCUAUUAAAAUUAAGAAUUCUUUCCUGAGAAAGAAUGAGUUGAACAAAGUAUCUUCAGAAUUUCUUGAAUGUUACUGUUAACUUAUUAAGUAUGAGAUUUAGUCUUUUUGUUACAUCUCUGUGGGCAACAUUUGCAAGCAUCAGUUCCUGAAGCAGAGUGUACCUCAGUUUGUUAUGGUGUUGAUUAUAAAAAUAAUGCUGCACUUCCUUGGGUCUUUCAAAUUGCAAUCAUAUAAUUGUGCUCUUUACAUUGUAGAGAAACACCUCAAGUCACAUUUCCAGCAGAAAUAUUAUUUGAGAUCACAAGAGAGAGGUUUUUGGGUCUAUAAAUUCUACAAGUUUCAAAGCUCACUGACUGAGAUUUCUGAGUUGCUGGAUUCUUUCAGUAAAGGCAGUUCCACCAAGCAGUGACUGAAAAGAUUUUCUUGGCAGCAGCUUCCUCUUUGUGGCCACUCCCAUUUAAUCCAUUGAAAACAAUCAAUUAGCAAGGAUUGAUGCCAUGGAAACACAUUUCCUUUAACAUGCAGUUGCUUUCCUAAGGACAAAAAUUGUGGUAUUACUUAAAUUCAGUUCCUCAGUAGUCAGAUCUUUUUGAAUGUAGAAUGCGAGAAGUUGCGAGCAGUCAAUGACUUUCAUUUGUGUUUCUGAAAUUUUAGACCCUUGGCUGAAGUCUCUGCAAUGUGGAAGCCAGUCCACACUCAAUUCUCCAUUAUCUUUUGGGAGUGAAAAACAGCUUGUGGAUGCAUUCCUCUGACUUGCCAGCCUUCCAUGCUAUUUCAUAGGACUUGUCCUAAGGGGUCAGAUGUUGGCUGACUACAUAUGACUCGUCUAUCCAAAAUUCUCUAAGUUUACUGGAUGGAUAAGUGACCUAUGGCAGGGUUCUCUCCCAGACAGCCACUAGAUACUCUCAAUGGUCUCUGUUGGAUUGGGCAGGCUUCACUAUUCACAAGCUUGACAUUAGGCUCUCAAUAUACUCUUUCCUGAGCUCUGUAAUGAAAAAAAAUUGUGAAUAUGCUCAAAGCCUCCUUUUUGAAACUUUAGUCAAGUCUACUGGCUUUGAAUCCAUGAUCAAAGCAGAAGAGCAUUUGGGAUGGUACUGAGAGCAGGAUCUAUGCAUCAGAGCCACACAGAAUCUUUUGAAGGGGUGCACCACCUCAGAACCUAUCCACCUGCCUGCCCUGAGACAUGUAAUCAAUAACCUUGAAAAACUUCUAUAGCUGUCUGGUGGAAAGUGUAUUGACGAUUGGCAUUAUGGCCUGGUAUGGGAACACCAGGGCUGGUGGUGUAGUGGAAUCAACACUGGACCUCAAGGCAGAUAGUCCUGAGUUCAAACCCAGCCUGUAUCUUGCCGUGAAAACCCUAUGGACCCUAUGGUCCAUGAGAUCAUGAAGAGUUGGACUUGACCUAAGGACUGAACAACAACAAAUGGGAACACCAAUACUUUUGAGUGGAAAAUCCUAUGAAAGGCAAUAUAUUUGUCCCAGUAUGUCACGGGUAAAGCCCUCUAAACAAAGCUACAUGAAACAUUGCCAUACAAAAGCAGCAUCCAUCAUCAAAGAUCCUCACCGCCCUGGCCAUGCUCUUUUUACACUUGCUGCCAUCAGGUAGAAGGUACAGGUGCCUCAAGACUCACACCAUCAAGUCCAAGAACAGUUACUACACCUCAACCAUCAGGCUUUUCAACAAAAGUGGAUAGCUGCACUCAUUCUGCUUCUGGUGUUCCCACAACCAAUGAUCUCACUUUAAGGACUGUUUAUCUUGUUGUUCCAUGCUCUCAUUAUUUGUUUCUAUCUGUUUAUAUUUGUGCAAUUUGUCAUCUUCUAUGCUCUGCUCUUUCACCAAUCCUGUUUUUGGUUACUGUCCAAUAGACUUGCUGGCUAUGCCCACAGGAAAAUUAAUCUCUCAGGGUUGUAUGUGGUGACAUGCAUGUACUCUGAUAAUGAAUUUACUUUGAACUUUGGAAGGAUAACAUCCUUGUUCCCGACCGAAAGGCUGCAUUAGGAAGACUGUUUCAUGUUAUUUCCUGACAGCUGGGCUCACACAGAUUACCUGCUGACUCCCAGGGUAAAAUGAUGGAAUUGUGGUCGUAGGGGGACAAAUGGUAAAAUUCAAACGACAGCUCUGUGCAACACAAUCAACAAAUCCAGCUGAGGAGUGAGUGGCAGAAGAGCCUCAUCCAAAAAGUGUGUGAGGAAUGAAGUGUUGAACCUUACUCCCUAAGAGAACAGUAGAUCCAUGGAAGAAGUUAACAGUCUGUUUGAAAAGCUCAAACAAAUAAGUAGAGGGUUACCUCAAGCGGAGCGGCCUGUGGAAAGCGGCCAGUGAGUGAGUGGGCCAGUGAAGGAGUGGAGAUUUGAGGCUUUGACUCGAGAGAUUCUGGCAGUUGAACUGUGCAAUCAAGUCAAUCAAGAUUUGAAUAGCUCAGCAGAAAGCCGUUGAUUAGACAAUCAAGAUUUGAAUAGGUCAGUUAGCAAUCUUGUCCUGCGAGGCCCCUUGGGUAAGAGUGACCAUAAUAUGGUGGAAUUCUUCAUUAAGAUGGAGAGUGACAUAGUUAAUUCAGAAACAAAGGUUCUGAGCUUAAAAAGGGGUAACUUUGAAGGUAUGAGACAUGAAUUAGCUAAGAUAGACUGGCGAAUGAUACAUAAAUGGUUGAUGGUGGACAUGCAAUGGCAAGCAUUUAAAGAUCGCAUGGAUGAACUACAAUAAUAGUUCAUCCCAAUUUGGCAAAAGAAUAAACCAGGGAAGGUAGUCUAUCCGUGGCUGACAAGGGAAAUUAGGGAUAGUAUCAAGUCCAAAGAAGAAACAUAUAAAUUAGCAAAAAAAAGCAGCACACCUGAGAGCUGGGAGAAAUUCAGAGACCAGCAGAGGAGGACAAAGGGCUUAAUUAGGAAAGGGAAAAAAGAUUGAGAGAAAGCUGGCAGGGAACAUAAAAACUGACUGUAAAAGCUUUUAUAGAUACGUGAAAAGAAAAAAGAUUGGUUAAGACAAAUGUAGGUUCUUUACAGUCAGAAACAGGUGAAUUGAUCAUAGGGAACAAAGACAUGGCAGACCAACUGAAUAACUACUUUGGUUCUAUCUUCACUAAGGAGGACAUAAACAAUCUUCCGGAAAUAGUAAGGGACCGAGGGUCUAGUGAGAUGGAGGAACUGAGGGAAAUACAUGUUAGUAGGGAAGUGGUGUUAAGUAAAUUGAAGGGAUUAAAGGCAGAUAAAUCCCCAGGGCCAGAUGGUCUGCAUCCCAGAGUGCUUAAGGAAGUAGCCAAGAAAUAGUGGAUGCAUUAGUGAUAAUUUUUCAAAACUCCUUAGAUUCUGGAUUAGUUCCUGAGGAUUGGAGGGUGGCUAAUGUAACCCCACUUUUUGAAAAAGGAGGGAGAGAGAAACCAGGAAUUAUAGACCGGUUAGCCUGACAUCGGUGGUGGGGAAAAUGCUAGAGUCAGUUAUCAAAGAUGUGAUAACAGCACAUUUGGAAAGAGGUGAAAUCUUCGGACAAAGUCAGCAUGGAUUUGUGAAAGGAAAAUCAUGUCUGACGAAUCUUAUUGAAUUUUUUGAAGAUGUAACUAGUAGAGUGGAUAGGGGAGAGCCAGUGGAUGUGGUAUAUUUAGAUUUUCAAAAGAUUUUUGACAAGGUCCCACACAGGAGAUUAGUGUGCAAACUUAAAGCACACAGUAUUGGGGGUAUGGUAUUGAUGUGGAUAGAGAAUUGGUUGGCAGACAGGAAGCAAAGAGUGGGGGUAAACGGGACCUUUUCAGAAUGGCAAGCAGUGACUAGUGGGGUACUGCAAGGCUCAGUGCUGGGACCCCAGUUGUUUACAAUAUAUAUUAAUGAUUUAGACGAGGGAAUUAAAUGCAGCAUCUCCAAGUUUGCGGAUGACACAAAGCUGGGCGGCAGUGUUAGCUGUGAGGAGGAUGCUAAGAGGAUGCAGGGUGACUUGGAUAGGUUAGGUGAGUGGGCAAAUUCAUGGCAGAUGCAAUUUAAUGUGGAUAAAUGUGAGGUUAUCCACUUUGGUUGCAAGAACAGAAAAACAGAUUAUUAUCUGAACGGUGGCCGAUCAGGAAAAGGGGAGGUGCAACGAGACCUGGGUGUCAUUGUACACCAGUCAUUGAAGGUGGACAUGCAGGUACAGCAGGCGGUGAAAAAGGCAAAUGGUAUGUUGGCAUUCAUAGCAAAAGGAUUUGAGUACAGGAGCAGGGAGGUUCUACUGCAGUUGUACAAGGCCUUGGUGAGAUCGCACCUAGAGUAUUGUGUGCAGUUUUGGUCCCCUAAUCUGAGGAAAGACAUUCUUGCCAUAGAAGGAGUACAAAGAAGGUUCACCAGAUUGAUUCCUGGGAUGGCAGGACUUUCAUAUGAAGAAAGACUGGAUCAACUAGGCUUAUACUCACUGGAAUUUGGAAGAUUGAUGGGGGGAUCUUAUUGAAACAUAUAAAAUUCUAAAGGGAUUGGACAGGCUGGAUGCAGGAAGAUUGUUUCCGAUGUUGGGGAAAUCCAGAACGAGGGGUCACAGUUUAAGGAUAAAGGGGAAGCCGUUUAGGACCGAGAUGAGGAAAAACUUCUUCACACAUAGAGUGGUGAAUCUGUGGAACUCUCUGCCACAGGAAACAGUUGAGGCCGGUUCAUUGGCUAUAUUUAAGAGGAAGUUAGAUAUGGCCCUUGUGGCUAAAGGGAUCAGGGGAUAUGGAGAGAAAGCAGGUACAGGGUUUUGAGUUGGAUGAUCAGCCAUGAUCAUACUGAAUGGCGGUGCAAGCUCAAAGGGCUGAAUGGCCUACUCCUGCACCUAUUUUCUAUGUUUCUAUGUAGAGUGAGGGCUGAUUCAAUUUGUCUGUUGCUAUGCUUCCUGUUUAGGGUUUGCAUUGAACCAGAAGGAAGUACCAAAUAAUGUGUGAGGUACAGUUCCCAGAAAGGACUGAAGGAAAACUUCCUGAUUUGCAAGAAAUCGUUAGUAUAUGUUAUUGCUCCUUUUCGCACCUUGAGCCUUUUUUUGCCAUUUCCUUAACUCUCAACCAGCACAGAUGGAAAGGGGCCGACUGGAUUUGAACCAGGGACCAUUCGCCUUGAAGUGUGGUGCUGAUGCCACUACACCACCAGCCAGCUAUUAGUUUAUAAGCAGUAGCGUUAGACCAGCUACCUUUAUCCUGGUCAACAUGUUUCUAUGCCUGUGUGAAGUAGCAGGUUACUUGGGGAAGAAACAAAGCCAAUUUCGCAGAGGUCACAUUCCGAUAACUUUUUGGCCAUUUUCUUGAUGGUUUGUCUCAGCACUUCUCCAGCUCCAGGAUAAAGUGGAACAUGGAGAAAGACAUCUUCAUGGGGUCCGAAAUAGAAAUGGUGGUCAGAGACUGGACAGAAAUCCCAGCCAGACUUAAAUCCCACUGAAUUUGUAGAUUAACUGAAGCUAAUACCGUUUAGCAACUUGCCAGUUGAUGCACACUUAACCCUUUCUUACUGAUGUCCACUUCAGUUAGGGCAGCUGCUAAUUGAAUUCUCUGGGAUGUUGCCUGGUUAUUUUUGUCACUGAAUAAUUAUCCCAAUGCUAUAUAUUUAUUUUCUCUGUUUUUCUCCUUUUCAGUUAAAUGCACAGACUCUUCCCAGCUGAAGUUUCAAGAUCUAUAUUUUCAUGUUUCAAGUUUCAUGUGCUAUAUUUAGGAGUUAAUUUUUGCUUCAUUAGAGCAGAUAUUGCAGACAGCAAUACAUCAGGGUUGCAUGUUCAUCCAUCUUCCAUACAUGCAGAGCAGGUCAGAACUUAGACGCAAGUCCCAACAGAUCUGCUUCUGUCUCUUUCAUCUUCCAUCCCUGGAAUCAGUCUUGCUGUGGUCUCAACAUAUUCCAAAGACGUGUGCUUUGGAUCUCUUGAGUUUUGCUCCAACUGAAGAUGAUGGUUAAAACUUUUUUCCUUUCAAACUUUCAAGCUAUCAAGUUGCACUCCCAUAGGCUGGCAUUUGUUAACCUGGUGUAAGCAGCUGGCAGAGAUAGCGCCUCUUGUUCAGCUGGUCUGUGCAAUGGAUUAAUUUUAUUUUGUGAUAGUUAAAGGUUGCGGCACGUUAAUACACCCAACUCUGGCUAAAAUGGGGGCAAAGUGAAUUAGGCUUAAAUCUCUUUAGACUGUGCAAACAAGGAGGCCAUGCAUAUAGGAAGAGAAAGUGAAAGGGGAAGUGUGAUUGUCAGAUGAAAACAUUGUUCCUGCUAUUUAUAAAUGUGAUUACUAUCUCCAACUUCCAGAAAAAACACCACAUAAUUCCACUGGAUUCAAUACUCCUUCCUUCUGACUUGACCAGAACAAUUACAGACAACAACAGUGUUAUAAGCCAGCAGUCUAGUUCAGUGUUUCCAUAGUCUGGUUAAUAACGAGCAGCUAAUUUUACCUUGGCAUCACUACAUUGUGUAAUCUUAACAUUUCUGCAUCUUAAAGUAGUAUUUCUGUGGGCAAUUUUAUUCUGUAACAUGUCUGUUUUAUAAAGCAGCAGGUGUGGCAAUCUAUUAAAAAGAUCACUUUAAAAAUACAAUAUUUAUUCCUCUGUUCCGCACUUCCUUUCCCGAGGCUGGCAGAUGCAGUGCUAGUCCAUCCAUCUGUGAAACAGCUCCCUCUCCUGGAUUGCUCCCUAAUUGCAGCAUUGAUUUACCCUUGUUUGGCAGAACUACUCGUCUGCAGUUGUGGUGAGGUCAGGAAGGCAAGGGCACUCGACAGAGGAAAGCUGUUUUAAUUUUGGAGGGUUUUGAAUUUCAUUCUGCAACGAGCUUGUAUUAACUGUGUUUUGACACAUUCAGUUGUCUAAAAUCAGUUUCCAUACAAAAUUUUUUUUGUAAAAGCUUUUUUCUUUUCUCUUCAAAUACCAGAAUCCUGACAAAUGAUUAAACAACAAUCAGAUUAGUCAUAAAAUAAUGCACUGUACAUUCAUUUUGCCCACCAAAUACACAGUUUGUUGAAUGAAAUGUGUUUUUAUUUGAAAUAAAUGAUGACUGGUAAUUGGA